AUGGCAAUACCAUUAUAAGUAUAUAAUUUAGGGAAUUAAAGCAAAUGGUUUCUGUUUUCAACAGAGGUAAUAGGAAUGCUUACACUUAUAAUAUUUGAAAAUGAAUUAACUAUAUUUAUUGUAAUUAGAUUACUCAUUGAGACAUUUGCUGCAGGAUAUUUUUAUCUUUAAUGUAGUGAUUCGGCAGGUGAGCCAAUUAUUGUGUAAGAAGAUAAAGAAUUAUCUGAAUUAUCAUUUUCUAGUUUUAGAGGAGAUAAUGACUAAUUUGAAUCUCAGAUACCUGAUAGAAAUGAAUGUUAAGAAUGUAAAAUUAUUUAACCUUACAGAACAAAACACUGUAUUAAAUGUUAGAAAUGUAUACCCAAAUAUGAUCAUCAUUGUUUUUGGAUUGGGGGAUGUGUAGGUGAAUUGAAUCAUAGAAUGUAUUGGUUAUUUUUGUUCUUUUAAUGUUCACUUUGUUUUGAUGGAUUAUUUUAAUUUAAUAAACAAUUUGUUUACUAUUCCACUUAUGAUGAAGAAUUUGGAAAUGAUUAAUUCUAAUAUUAAUAUUUUUUUAUUUUGCUAAUUGCAGCAACAUCUUUUGGGUUUGGAAUAUUUACAGGGGUGUUACUAUUAUAUCACACUAUGUUAAUAUUGACUGGUAAAACUACUUGGGAACACACCAAAAGAGAUAAGAUUUCAUAUCUCAAUGUUUAUCCAAAGUACUAUCAUCCUUACAAUUAUGGUAUCAUAGAAAAUAUCAAAUUAACAUUUUUUCAUAAUAGUAUUCAAUCUGAUUGGAUACCUCCCUCAAAAAAUUAAAUUAAAGAUUAAUGCAAUAUAUUUGAUAACAAAUAUUACUCUUGUUGUUGA